CUCCUCACCAAUAUCCUCCUCCCCUUCCUGUAUCUCUGUCCGUUAACCGUCAAUAUGGCCGUAGUGUUAGGAAAUUUGUAUCUCCUACUGGACCUCAGCUCGCCGCGUGUAGUAUAUCCUGAUCGCAAGGGUCGCCUGGUACCGUAUGAAGUUGUUCUGAAUCUCUUCAAGAAGGAUCCAAACAACCAUAUUACCCCCGUGAACGCAUAUCCUUCCCUUGCCUGGAAGAGAAUAGAAUCUGACAGAGAGAUUCAUAAUCAGAGGAUCGGUAUUAAAGCGAAUUCGAAGGUGAACGAUGUGGAUUUUGAGAGUUGGAACGAUGAUGAUAGCAAUGGGAAUGGUAACGGGUACGACGAGGAAGAUGAGGAAAAUAGGUUCGACUGGGAGAAGGCGAUGAGACAAAGAGUAAAGGAGAUGGAGGAGAUGAGAGAGUUGGAGAAAAAAGCGAUGGAGUUGCAGAGGCAGAUGGAGGAGGAGGAGGGAGAUGAAGAAGGCGGAGAGGAGACAGAAGAAGAGAAGAGGAUGAGAGUGCGAAAAGAGCUUGAAAAGGUGGCAAAGGAGCAAGCAGAACGAAGGGAAAGUGCUGAAUUGAUGUUUGAUCUUGGACAGAAGGCUUAUGGUAAGGGCUCAUAUGGACGUGCCAUUGAAUUCCUUGAAGGUGCCCUCACAAUCAUUCCCAGGUCAACUUUGUUCGGUGGUGAGAUACAAAUAUGGUUAGCUAUGGCUUAUGAAGCUAACAACCGCCAUCGCGAUUGUAUCUCUCUGUACCAGCAAUUGGAGAAGACGCAUCCUAGUCUCAGCAUUAGACGUCAAGCUGCUGAACUUCGCUACAUCCUGCAAGCGCCCAAACUCAAGAUAACCCAAGAGGAGAUGGUCACCAUACCUCUCAUUGGUUCCAGCUAUGAUAGCUAUGCUGGAACAUGGAGCGACAAAAACAAGGACAAAGAUGAAAAGAAAUAUCAGUCGACAACUAACCAGCUUUCAUCAUCAAGAGACUUCUUGGGGGACUUUAUGGUUUGGCGACCGCCAGCGGAUCUUGGAAAGAACAGCGCAUUUUGGCUUGCCCUGACACUAUGGAUUGGUUUGGUUGGAGUUGCACUCAUUCUUCAAAGAUGAACUCCCAUAUCCUGUUUAUAAUUAUGAUUAUGUUGGGUUGGGAAGAAUAUGGAAGUACAUCUCUCUUCAUUCUUGAAGUUGCACACUUGUAUAUGUACACAUGUAUCAUGUAUUACUUCUAGUAUUAUGUUCUUUGUAAAUAUAGCUUCCUCUGCCAUGCUUGCAGCCUGCCUUGUU